CUUUUGUAAUGCACGUUUUGUCGUCGUCGUGAGUAAUAUUGACGCUUGUUUUGUUAUGGGUGUAUAAUAUUGAACAUUAUCAAAGGAAGAAAGUCUCGGUUGGCACGGAUAGUAAUGACAACGAAUUUUAUGCCUCUAAAUAUGGACACUAUUAAAGAAAAAGUCAGUAUGUUUAGUGAAGACAUGUAGAGAUUGUCACAACAAAUGUGAACAUACUUAUCGAAAGACAUGUAGAUAUAUUGUCACAACAAAUAUGAACAUACCUAUCGAAAGACAUACAUCGUCGUGUAAAGGUCAUCUUUUCUAACGAGAAUUUUAUUCACUAGUUUUGGUCACUUUUUUUUUUGUGGAAAGUUUUGGUCACUAAUUAUUUAAAAUUUUAGCAUUUCAUUUUCCAGUAUAUUUAAAAUUUGAGGGAAAAAAAAAGAAAGAAGAAACAACCACACUCAGCACCCCAAAAUUCUAAAAAUUAGCAAGACCUUUACAAUGGGCUUUAGGCAUUUGUUUUCGUUGGUUUUCUCUAGGCUCGCACUGUCAGCCCAAAAUUUGGAUGGGCCUCUUUCUCCUUAAAAGCAGCUGGGCUAGAUUUGGUAUUCUUACAAAGUGAAUCCAUGAAAUUUGGAUGGGCCUCUUUGUUCGGAGACAAAGGGGCCGGAGCUAGGUGAUUGAUUUGCUACUCUGGAAAGUGAUUGUACCUUAUGCUUCUUUCUAAAUUUAAAGAUUGGAUUUCAAAGUUAUAUUGAGAAUCCAUGUAUUUGGAAAAUAAAUUAACAGUAUAGAUCAGUUGAUUCUAAGAAUAUUUUUUCCGUCUGUUGGAUUCCAUUUACUUGGACCAGCUUUCUCCUUUCCAUCUUUCUUCCAUAUAUAAAAAAGUCUAAUUUGAAGUUGUAAACUACAUUAUAUGUCUCCAAGUUGUAUUUUAUUCUCCAAGUUGUAUUUUAUUUAAUUAUGAAACCGUCAUGAAACCACCGGUAUGACCAGCAUGAUCAAUUUGUGACAUCUGAACAAAAUGACAUCGUUUUAGUGAAUUUAAUUAAUAAUAUUUUUAUUUAUUUUAUGAAUUUAAAGGUUAAAUGUUGAUGUUAUUGGUUGAUUCAAGUAUAAACAUAUGAAUAUUGAUGUCAAAUGUUGUAUUUAAAUAUGUAUUUAUUAUUUUAUUUGGAAUAUCACAAUUUAUUUAAAUAUGAAUAUAAGUUAUAAGUACAUUGUCUUCAAAUAUAAUUUAUAUGCAAUUAAAAUCAAUUUGGUGUUGAUUAAAGGGAUGAUGGGCUAUUUCAAUUGCCCACUAUUUGAUCUUGAGAGGGGAAAGUGCUCUGUUGGCGCUCCAUCCUUGUACGGCAGAGCGAUGGGAGAGCUGGCAAGUUCGGUAUGGUCCUAGAAAUCACUUCCAGACGUAAUUCUUUCACCGAAAACUUCCCGAUAUACCCAGUGCCCAGUGGGAUGGCUUGCUAUCGUCUCUUCCAGACCAUUCACAACGUAAAUCACUCGGAAACGAGAAGGAUUUCUGUCAUGGCAGCUGCUCAACCCCCGGCCCCGGUGAUUCCUCUUCUCACCCCACACAAGAUGGGCAAGUUCGAGCUUUCUCACAGAAUUGUUCUGGCUCCAUUGACUAGACAAAGAUCUUUUGGAAAUGUACCUCAGCCACAUGCCAUCUUGUAUUACUCUCAAAGAACUACUAAGGGAGGCCUUCUCAUAGCUGAAGCUACUGGAGUUUCUGAUACUGCCCAAGGCUAUCCAGAUACUCCUGGAAUUUGGACCAUGGAGCAAGUUGAGGCAUGGAAACCCAUCGUGGAUGGUGUUCAUGAUAAAGGUGGAAUCUUUUUCAGUCAAAUUUGGCAUGUUGGAAGGGUUUCAAAUGAAGGCUUUCAGCCAAAUGGGCAGGCUCCAAUCUCAUCUACGGACAAGCCAUUGACCCCUCAACGUCGGUCUAAUGGCAUUGAUAUUGCAGAAUUCUCACCUCCAAGACGGUUAAGGACAGACGAAAUUCCUCAGAUUGUCAAUGACUUUAGAAUCGCGGCAAAGAAUGCCAUGGAAGCAGGCUUUGAUGGAGUAGAGAUACAUGGGGCUCACGGAUACCUAAUUGACCAAUUCUUGAAAGACCAAGUGAACGAUAGAACCGACCGAUAUGGUGGGUCUUUGGAGAACCGGUGUCGGUUUGCUCUGGAGAUAGUUGAAGCCGUGAGUAAUGAGAUAGGUGCAGAUAGAGUUGGAAUCAGAUUGUCCCCUUUUGCAAACUAUGGGGAAUGUGGCGACUCGAAUCCUGAAGCUUUAGGCCUAUACAUGGUUGAAUCCUUGAACAAAUAUGGAAUCGUCUACUGUCACAUGGUUGAACCCAGAAUGAAGACGUUAGCCGAAAAACUGGAAACUCCUCAUAGUCUCCUCCCAAUGAGGAAAGCGUUCAACGGCACUUUCAUUGUUGCUGGAGGUUAUAGUAGGGAAGACGGGAACAAAGCUGUGGCAGAAGAUUAUUCUGAUUUAGUGGCCUAUGGGCGUUUGUUCUUGGCUAAUCCAGACUUACCGAAGAGAUUCGAGCUCGAUGCACCGCUCAACAAGUACAACAGAGACACGUUUUACACAUCUGAUUCUGUUAUCGGGUACACUGACUAUCCUUUCUUGGACUAAAAUCUUUCUGUGGAGAAGAAUGGUAGUACUAUUGUUGCCUGAUCUUAUUGUUUCAGGCUUAUUAUAGUGAUUAUCCUUUCAUAAUCCUGUCAUGUUCUUCGGUUGAAAGGCAAUAUUGCUUGACGGGCUUCUUAUUUGAAUUUGAUUUCACAUUUCCACUCCUGGAGCGUUUGUAGAAAAAUAUUUGCCACGGAGUUAUAAAGUACUGUGUUUUUCUUUUCAUCUUUUUGGACAAUGAAUCUUGACCUUUGACAUGGUAUCAGAUUUUUCUGAAAAUUGCUAGUUUCCAUGUACGAAUCCUGCUUAUCAUUAACAUGUGAUCAUUUGAGCACACCGUAUGUCGUACCUGCACUAAUUUCCAAUCCAAAGAAUACCAAUUUGUUCAAAAAGUACUGUAAGGAAUCAUAUACAACUCAAUCUUUACUCAAUAAAAGCCCUUGUUCUGU